CAUGUUUUAUGUUAUUUUAAUUAGUGUGUGGAAUACAGAGUAAAAAAUAUAUCGUAUCAAGUUUAUUAACAUAAGGAUUUAAUAUAUAUUUUGUAAGGAAAAACAUAUAAUAUAAUACAAUUGAAAUGAAAAAAUCAGUAUUGUCUGAUGACAAAGAGGUCUAUGAAUUGCAAAUCAGGAUCCAAAUUAGGCAGUUAUAUGGCACAAACUUCUUUAACUUGAACAUAAAUCAAGUCAUAACUGUAUAUGCUGUUCCAAUUAGCCAUUACGAUAUCCUAAAUCAGAGACGAGAUGUACCACUUCUAUCAACCCUUAACGCAAUAAUAUCACUUCCAAACAGCGUUCUAAAUUUAUAUCAUGACGUUAUAGAUACAGCGAACUGUAGUUGCGAAAAUAACAAUGGAAAUGGAAAUAUCAGUUCAAGAGUCAGACCAAAUAGAACCGGAUCCUCUAUAUCUACAGAACAACAACUGUCAUUAAAUACUUCACCUGCACAUAUAAUGGUACGCAGCUCUCAUCUUAUGACAGAAGUUUCGGUCUUGGAUUAUCAGUCAAGCAACAGUGACUUAACAAUUAAUGGCAGACGAAAUCGAGAUAAUAGUGUUGACAUACACGCGGGAAAUACUUCUUUAGAAAAUUCUGUUCAUGCGAAUAUUGAACAAAGGGAAGAACCUAAUCAUCUUUCAUCGCAUAGACACAUUGAUUCAAACGUAUUAGCUCCAAAGGAAUUGUCAAUUUUAGAAAAUUUAACCCCGCUGGGUUCAAGUGAAGUUCAGGGACAACAACAUCCCGCAAAAGAGGCAAAGUCAAAACACAAAACAAAUAGUAGUAAUGUAUGUGUAAGAAAUGAAAACAUGAGUAAAACUAACAGGUCAAACCGAGAACAAUUUCAUGUUUUGGAUUUUUCACGGCGGAAACAUUCGAAUCGAAGUACAAUUAGCAAUGUCGAUGCUUUGGACUGUAGAUCACAAUCAUCGAACCAACAAAAAAUACCACCACAUAAAGCACAACCAGACGUUGGCAUUAGCCAAGUCGGCACUAACACAACUUUAAAUGAUCAACGCAUUGAUUUCCCUGCAGCAGCUUCUGCACUUCUUGCCGAUGGAUUCAAUAGACACCAAAUCCACAAAGCUUUAGACAAAUUUUACCAAAAUAGAGGUCACAAUAACCCAACAUUAGCAGAGCUUAGAUAUAUUGUUGUUGUACAAAACAGUGAAACUGAUGACUAA